AACCGUUUCAUCAAGUUGACCGCGACGCGUUGGCAGGCCAGAAAACACUUGAGACAUGAGCACCAAUAAUCGAGUGGAACUCAAGUUAUGAUGAAUGUCUCCAGAGACCCAUCUCCCCUCAUGAAGUAUCGCGUGCCGUAGAACCAAAGACUGGGAAACAACAAGCGGAUGUUUUGUGCGCUUGGCCCUUGCCCUUGCUCUCUCCUCCAGCCUCGAGUUUCCUCUUGAUGGGGCCGCGAUGCCGACAAUUGAAAACGCCUUUGAGCACUUAUAAUGCGUUUACAGCUUGACUUAAAGAAGGUGGGCUUUCGUCGCCACCCACAAGCUUGUCUAGGAAAUAACGAGUUGCGGCAAGGCGCUCAUCACUCUGCGAGUUUCCCGGCUUUGGCUCCGUCAACACGCCCGUUACCAUUCAAGCCUGCCUCCUCAGUCGUCGACAGCCAUGACGCGCAUUCUCUGUGUGGCUGAAAAGCCCUCCAUUGCAAAGGCAGUUGCUAGCCAUCUUUCUGGUGGUCGGUACCAGACUAACAACACACGCGAUACAUACAUCAAGAAUUAUUCCUUCGACUUUGAUUUCGGGGGGUCAUGGGGAUCCUGCUCGGUGACUAUGACCGCUGUGAAGGGUCAUCUCACCGCAGUCGAGUUUCCCCAGGAGUUCAAGUCAUGGGAAUACCCACCACCUGACCGUCUGUUUGACGCGCCCGUGCAGACGGUGAUUCCGAGUGAUAACAAGCACAUCGCCAAGAAUAUCGAAGACCAGGCAAGGCGUGCGAGCACACUCGUCAUCUGGACAGAUUGCGAUCGCGAAGGCGAACAUAUCGGCAGCGAGAUCCGGGACGCUGCAAAAAGGGGCAAUGCCCAGAUACAGAUCAAGCGGGCCCGGUUCAGCAACAUCGAAAGAGCGCACAUAUUGUCCGCGGCCAGACGAUUGGUUGCCCUUGAUGAAAAACAGGUAGACGCCGUCUCUGCUCGCAUCGAGCUCGACUUGCGGAUCGGCUACGCAUUCACCCGGUUUCUAACGCUGAGCCUGCGCGCCCUUGGGGGGCCGAUGUCCCAGCUCACAAUCAGCUAUGGGUCUUGCCAAUUUCCGACCCUCGGGUUUGUCGUAGACCGGUACUUUCGCGUCAAGAACUUUGUCCCCGAGGCGUUCUGGGGGAUCAAGGUGAUGCAUGAGAGAGAUGGGAUUAAGGUUAACUUCAACUGGUCCCGACACCGCCUAUUCGACCGCAUGGCGGUUGUUAUCCUUUACGAGAGAUGCCUCGCGGCUAGGACCGCAAAGGUCACCAAGGUCCAGGAGAAACCGACGAAGAAGUGGAAGCCGCUCCCUCUCACGACCGUCGAACUGCAAAAGAUGGCCACCCGGUUCCUGCGCAUGACGGGUCAACAAGCCAUGACUGUAGCCGAGAAGCUAUACAACAAGGGGUUCAUCAGCUACCCCCGUACCGAAACGGACCGCUUCGACAAGGGAAUGGACCUCCGGGCGCUGGUGAGGAAACAAACCCAAGAUAACAGAUGGGGCCCAUUUGCGCAGAACCUGGUAGACGGCGCCUUUCAACAACCCCGCCAAGGCAGACACGACGACAAAGCCCAUCCACCGAUCCAUCCCAUCACUUAUGCUGCCCCAACGGCGCUCGACGACAGCGAGAGGAGGGUCUACGAGCUCGUCACCCGCCGCUUCCUCGCCUGCUGCUCCGAGGACGCCAAAGGCAUGGCAACAGACAUCGAGAUACUCUACGGGGACGAGACCUUCAACGCGCACGGCGUCAUCGUCCUCGAGCGCAACUACCUCGACGUAUACCCAUACGAGAACUGGACGGACACGGCGGAGCUGCCCAAGUUUACGAUUGGAGAGCGGUUCGAGCCAACCGAGGCGAUGAUCACGGAAGGCAAGACAAGCCCACCGGGGUACCUUACGGAGGCUGACCUCAUCGCCCUCAUGGACGCGAACGGAAUCGGCACAGACGCUACGAUGGCCGAGCAUAUCGAGAAGAUACAGGAACGGCAGUACGUGAGAACCGUGGAACGCGGCGGCGGAGGCGCGAACAAUGAUGACGAAGCGGAGCCUCCCGCGGCGAGAGGCGGGCGCGGUAGGGGGCGAGGCCGCGGCGGCCGCGGGGGUUCACGGGGUGGGCGUGGGGGAGGAUCGAGCCGUGGAGGGGGACGGUCCGGGGUGAGGGAGUUUAUCCCUACCAGUCUGGGAGUCGCUCUGAUCGAGGGAUUCGACCGGAUGCACUUUGAGACCAGCCUUGGCAAGCCUUUCCUUCGCAAGGAGAUGGAGCUCAAAAUGAAGGCGAUAUGUGAGGGCCGCACGACCAAACGUACAGUCUUGCACGAAAGUUUGAACCAGUAUCGGCAGGUUUAUGAACACUCCAAGGCAGAGCUCGCCAUCCUAAAGGCAGCCUGCAGACAAUAUGUCUUCCAGAAUGGAGCAUAG